AUGUGGUCAACGAAGGUCGACGACGCGCUCGGUGGUAGCGAACUUUGUCCAUGGCCCUCACGCGUGGUCUUUGCACGUCGCAUUUGCAAGAGGGUGUCCGAGCUUUGCGUCGUUUGUCGACCCAUUUCGCACGCCAACGCUGCUUGUGACAGCGUUCUCGCUUCAACCCACUUUCUUUACGACCUGCACGACAUUUCCACUCCAAGCACUUGUCGACUCACCAGGCCAAGAAACAUCAUGCCAGUCAAGGCAAGCGUCCAGGUGCCAUUGGACGAUAAAAUUGCAGAGUGCACCAUUUCGGUGCCAGCAACAGUCGGCCGCCUCCAGAGGGCCGACUUCAUCAAUCGUGUCACCUCUGCAGUACUUAAGAUCGCCAAUGACAUGAACGACGAAGCUGAAGCAGCAGAGAUCGAUCGAUUCAAUCGGCAGCACCUAGUUGAUGGUCAAGAACCAGACGUCGAGCAGCUGCAGAAUCGCCUACGUCUUGACGACUCCACAACCAUUGUUCUGAAGGGUGUGCAUGGGAUGACUGCACAGUAUAGAGUGAAGAGGACCACCAGCAUGGGAAAGAUCAUGGACAUGUAUGCUACACAGGCGGGCUUUCAUGCAGGCACAUUGCGUUUCAUGUACAUCGGGCAACGCACAAGUGCUAAGGACACACUAGAAUCACUCGAGGUCGAGGACGGCGACAUUAUUGAAGUGGCGUCAGAACAGAUCGGAACAUGA